UCUGGUCUGGACUGGACUGGAUACUCCCUACAGCCUGUGAGAUCAUCACACUUUUAAUUAGACCGGAUCCACCAAUUAACGGGAAGUCAGCCGGUCUCUCUAAGCCCUUUAAAAGCUGCCGAGUCAAACAUCCAGCAGUGUUCUGACAGAGGCUCAAACAAGAAGGAUGUCUUCCACUGUGCUUGGUGCUGUUAUUCUGUUGGUGUGUGCCUUGACAUUUAGUGCUGCUCAGACAAGCUGUAAAAGUCGAUGUGGUGAUGAGUACUCCAGGGGCUACAUGUGUCAGUGUGAUUACAGCUGCCUGUCUUAUGGAGAGUGCUGCAAAGACUUCGCAUCCCAAUGCACCACAAAAAACUCAUGUAAAGGACGAUGCGGAGAAAACUUCAAAAGAGGCCGACUGUGUAGCUGCGACUCUAAAUGCGCUGAUUACAAACAGUGUUGUCCAGAUCACAAAACCCACUGUGAUGCAGAGGAGCCGACUGAAGCAACAGAGCCUUCUACAUUCAGCGAGGGAAACAAUGCAGAUAAGAACAGCCAGCUUUUUCCCAAUGAUGAGUUUUCCAAUAAUGAAGUGGAGGACCUGGAGAAAAGUCCAAUCCCAGAGAGCACCAGUGGCUACGAAUCGUCUACAGCUGACCUGCUGGAUCACAUUUCUACUGAAGCCAUCCAGGAUCCAGAUACUCUGGAGUUCAGUACAGAGACAUUUACAGUCUUCACAACGACUAUCGCAGACAUUGAACCAACACAGGCUGGUGACGGCCUCUCCACACUUUACCCCACCAUUGCAGAAGCCCCCACUGAGAGCACAGUUGCCAGUGAUUCGACCAGCUCAUCCGACCCAGGAACAACUCUCCCUCAUCCCACCACAGCAGCUGACUUCAGCCAGCCUACUCCAACCUCAGUACCCCAAACAGAGUAUUCUCCCACAGCCGACACUCCAGAGCUCGAGACGGCAAGCCAGGCAGAAGUACAGUCUGAGGAUGACAUUUUUUCCAAAGAUCUGACUGUAGCCCCCUCUGAUGAACCAGAGGUAACAACCCUAUCCAAAACAGCCACCUACACGCCUGUGGCCACAAUAUCCACAGGACCCACACAGGGCUCCUCCACAGUCCUGGAAAACGCUCAGGUCACCACCAUCCCUGUCUCAACGCUGAACCCGACACCCAUCCCUGAGGUAACCACUUCAAACGAACCGGAUGAUACUGAGAAAAACACAGACAGUGUCACAACAGGCCCUCCGUCUUCUCUGGCAGACCUUAAAGAUCCUCCAACCAGUGUUUCUCUAGAGGGCUACGGGGACUUAGCAGAGCUUGAUGCCGUGACGACCCACAUUCCUUCAUCCACAGAUGUAGUGCAGCAUGACACUACAGAUGAAGUCACACCAGGAACAACCACUGCUAAUCCAGUAAAUGUCACACCAGACCCGACCAAACCCGCACCAUCCGAAGUCCCCUCAAAACCCCAGGAUCAACCUGACCCAUACAAACCAUCGCCGGCUAAACCGACUCUGGCAAAACCCAGCUCCAAACCUGAGACUAAGCCUCUGGACACCGCACAAACUCUCAACAUAGACAAUCCUAGAGACUACCAAGCAGACGACAGCAACGAUACCAAUCUGUGUAGUGGGCGGCCGGUCGGUGCAGUCACCACGCUGAGGAACGGCACAGUGGUGGUUUUCAGAGGGCACUACUUCUGGUUUCUGGACAGAUACAUGGUGCCUGGUCCGGCUCGUGGCAUCACACAAGUGUGGGGCGUCCCUUCGCCCAUCGACACUGCAUUCACCCGCUGCAACUGCCAAGGCAAAACAUACAUUUUCAAGGGAUCCCAGUACUGGAGAUUUGAAAAUUCUUUGUUGGAUCCUAACUAUCCAAAGGUCAUUCAAGUAGGCUUUGAUGGGCUUCGGGGCCAAAUCACAGCUGCUCUGUCUGUGCCUCAGUACCAGAGGAGGAGAGAGUCCGUUUACUUCUUUAAGAGAGGAGGAUUGGUCCAGAAAUAUUCAUACCAGUUAGGCACCAGUCCAACAUGUGGCAGGAAAGUCCAGGACCCCGUUUACACUGUCCGCAGCCGAAUGGUUCGACAAGCAGUGUCUAUUUUAGAGCCGGUAGUCAACAUCCGGACAUCUUGGAGAGGUUUCCCCUCCACCAUCACAGCUGCUGUGUCCGUCCCGAGCACCAGAGAUCCAGAGAGAUACAAAUACUACGUUUUCUCACGAUCCAAAUCCUACAACGUGAGGAUUGGUAGUGAACGUCCCGUCAUUUCUGCUCCGACCGACAACGCGUCACCUAAGAGCAACGACUUCUUGAAAUGCCCAGCGAGAGUGUGAUGAAAGAGAGUUGUAUCAUACACAGUUUUUUGUCUUACAGCUUUGUUUAUUACAUUCUUCAUAAAACACACUGCUUCAGCAUGGACCGAUUACAAAAAGGUACUUAACAUAAAAAACAAAAGCAAAACUAAAAACGACAGGCUUCAGAACAAGCGAACAUUACCAUGGCUGAAUACAGACUCUGAACACACCGAUUGGAAAACAUGAAAUGUGUUUCUGACGGGAAUGGAAACUUCUUCAGUCACUGUUCACAAGUUUCCUGACUGGUGCUUCAUCUCGCGAAUCGUCUCCCAUGAACACCCCGAGAAGGAAAUCCCUGACCUGUUGGGAGACAAAACAUUGUUUAAUCACAGCCUGCUAUGCUGAUGUAAAGAUGUUGUACAGUGGCUGUAUAAAGUGUGUGAGAAAUGUAAAACAAUGAUAGUGUUUCCGCUGUUAUUCUAAUCAACAUUAAACUGAAUUAUAAC